GGGGCCAUGCUGCGGUGGGGGCGCGCGCUGCGCGCGCCGGGACUGGGGGGCCUGUGGGGGAGACCCCCGGGACUGGGGGGGACCCCGGGGGGAACCCCGGAACCGGGGGAGAUCCCGGCAGGGGUCCCGGGCCGCCCCCUCCGCACCGCGGCUCCUCUCAGCUCCGAUUUCUUCCGCGAGCUGGGGCAGACCCUGGAGCGCAUGGGACAGACGCUGAGGGAUCAGCUGCCAUCCUCGGGAAGGCAUCCCAUUCCGCUGGGGACCCACCCCGGACCCCGGCCCCCCGACGAGGCCGAUGUGGUGGUGGUGGGGGGCGGCGUGGUGGGCUGGUCCGUGGCGUACUGGCUGAAGGUGCUGGAGGGCCGGCGGCGGCAGCACGGAAUGAAGGUGCUCGUGGUGGAGCGGGACCCCAUGUAUUCCAGAGCCUCCACGGUGCUGUCGGCGGGGGGGAUCCGGCAGCAGUUUUCCCUCCGGGAAAAUAUCCAAAUGUCCCGUUUCUCUGCCAGCUUCCUCCGUGACAUCAAUGAGCACCUUGGGGUGCCGAAUGAGCCCCCCAUCGAUAUCCAGUUCCAGCCCUCUGGAUACCUUUUCCUCGCAUCCCCCCAGAACGCUGCUGCCCUGGAGGCCACCGUCCAGUUGCAGAGGGAUGAAGGGGCGAAGGUGACCUUGCUGUCCCCCACCCAGCUGAAGGCGAAAUUCCCCUGGAUAAACACAGAGGAUGUGGCUGUGGCGUCCUAUGGUCUGGAAGAUGAAGGCUGGUUCGACCCCUGGACCCUCCUCAACGCUUUCCGGCGUAAAGCCAUAUCCUUGGGAGUCCAGAGCUGCUCCGGGGAGGUGCGAGCUUUUGUCACCUCGGCCAACCACAUGAUGCCACCAGCACCGUCGUCUGCACGCAUCAGAUACGUCCACGUCUACAUGCCAGACAGCCUGGAAUACCAGCCAGUGGCCUGUGCCAUCGUGGUCAAUGCCGCGGGCGCCUGGGCUGGGAAGCUGCUGGAGGUGGACGGGCUGCCCAGGGGGCUGUGCCAGCCCCCACUGCCCAUCCAGCCCAGGAAGAGGUAUGUGUUCACCUGGCACUGCCCCAAUGGCCCUGGCCUCUCCUGCCCCUUCCUCAUCGACACCUCUGGUGCUUAUUUCCGUCGGGAUGGCUUCGCUGGGAAUUACCUGGGCGGGAUGAGCCCCACCGAGGAGGAAGAGCCGGAUCCCAGCGAUCUCUCGGUGGAUCACGAUUAUUUCCAGGAGCAGGUCUGGCCCCGGCUGGCUCGGCGUGUCCCAGCUUUUGAAUCCCUGCGGGUCCGGGGGUCUUGGGCAGGAUACUACGACUACAACACCUUCGACCGGAAUGGGGUGCUGGGCCCGCACCCCCGGCUGGAAAACAUGUUUUUAGCCGCGGGUUUCAGUGGCCACGGGCUCCAACACGCGCCGGCCGCCGGCAGAGCCGUGGCUGAGCUGGUGAUCAAGGGCCGCUAUGAGACCCUGGAUCUGCGGAGGCUGGGAUGGGACAGGCUGGUGGAUGGGGAGCCGCUGGAGGAGCACGGCGUGGUUUGAUGGGGGCGGGGAGGGGGGAAACUGAGGCACAGCCGUGGAACCCCUCCCCAGGCCAGAGGUUGUGUCCUGUAGGAAUAAAAUGGAUGGAUGGAUGGAUGAUGAGUGUG